AUGGACCCCCCAACGGCCCCCCUCGACAGCACCAGCACCCCCAACCCCGCGCUCUCCACCCGCACGCACACGCAAUCCCCCUUCCAAAUCACCACGCGCAAGCUCCCCAUCCUCAAAGCCGGUCCGAUCGACGCGCUCGCGGCACGCCUGUCCAUCCCCAUCCCCGAGAUGAUCUUCGGCGACAACCUGGUCGCGAUCCGGCACCUCCCCACGGGGUGGACGAUCCAGUUCGAGGCCGAGGCGGCGCUGGACACGGUGGACAAGACGGGGGAGGGCGGGAUGCUGCGCGUGGCCUACGCGCGCGAGUGGAGCCGCUCGCGCGAGAAGACCAGCGCGGGCAUCUCCGAGGUGGUGCGGCCGUUUGAUUGGAGUUAUAGCGCGGCGUAUAAGGGGGGGGAGAGUAAGGUGGGUGGGCGAGGGUUGGAGGUAGGGGGCGGGGAGGAGAUUCCGGUGGAGUUGUUGAAGAGGAGGGAUCCGAUUUUGUUUGCAGAUGAGGUGGUGUUGUAUGAGAGUGAGUUGGAUGAUAAUGGGAUAAGCGUCAUGACGGUCAAGGUGCGGGUCAUGGCGCAGAGGAUGCUGUUGCUGUGUCGGUUGUAUAUGAGGCUUGAUGGGGUGGUGGUGAGGGUCAGGGAUACGAGGGUGUAUGUGGACUUUGAGAAGGAGCUGGUGAUCCGGGAGUACACCGCACGGGAGGAUGGGUUUGAGAACGUGAAGCGGAAUCUUCACAUGAGCGGGAUGAUGCCAGACGCUGUCACCAUCGCCUUGAGAGACUCCAACCAGGUAGCUAACCUACUGCCGGUUGUUGAGCACUCGCUAGACAGUGUCUGCUUGGCGGAAAAGUCAUAG